CGCCUCCUUUGGCGCCGCCCGCGCGCCGUCCGGUAUAUAUACUCCGUCCCGCCAGACUCCUGCCUGCCUGCGAUGCAACCGAAAUCUCCGGUCUCUGCCACAAAACCCAAGCAAAAACACGCAUCAGGAGAGGGGCCAAAGCAAAUUUACGCGGCAGAAAAUCAAACACUAGUUGCGCGCAAAAUCCAGAAACCUGAGGAGAUAGAAUAGCAUCAACAGGAAGCGUUUUUGCGAUUUUGCGGGGGCGGCCGUGCCAAAAGUGCAAAGACUGAGAGGAGGAAGGGGGGGAGGGGCGUAUUAGGAAGAGACAAAACAGGGUCAUAGGCGGCUUAUCAGGAUCGGGUUUGGGGGCCAUUAGCUUACAUGACCACCCUUGCCAACAGGAUUAGCACACUGCUCCUGCGCUCCUCCCCUUCCUCCCCCAGUGCCGCGGCCUCCUCCGGUCCGUCGACCCGCUCAUUGCGGAUCCGGGGCCGCCGGUCGCCGGGAAUGGCCAGGAGCGGCGGCGGCGCAGGAUCUUGUCGGUGUUGUUCUUCUUCGUCUUCGUCUUCGUCUUCGGGCGGCGGCGGAUGGAUCAUGGCGGCGGGGGAGGAUGCCGCGGCCGCGCCAACGACGAGGCUGGUGGUGAUCGUGGGCGCGACGGGCACGGGGAAGACGAAGCUGUCCAUCGACGCGGCGCAGGCGGUGGGCGGCGAGGUGGUGAACGCCGACAAGAUCCAGCUCUACGCCGGCCUCGACGUUACCACCAACAAGGUGCCCCCCGCCGACCGCCGCGGCGUGCCCCACCACCUCCUCGGCGCCCUCGGCCCCGAGAACGGCGCGCUCCCGCCGGCCGCCUUCCGCUCCCUCGCCGCCGCCGCCGCCGCCUCGAUCGCCGCCAGGCGCCUCGUGCCCGUCGUCGCGGGCGGGUCCAACUCGCUCAUCCACGCGCUCCUCGCCGACCGCUUCGACCCCGCCAGGGACGAGGAUCCCUUCUCAGCCGCCGCCGCCACGGAGAACUACCGCCCGGGGCUCCGGUUCCCGUGCUGCCUGCUGUGGGUGGACGUGGAGGAGACGCUCCUGGACGAGUACCUGGACCGGCGCGUGGACGACAUGGUGGGCGGCGGCAUGGUGGAGGAGCUGAGGGAGUACUUCGCGACGACCACGGCCUCGGAGCGCGCCGCGCAUGGCGCCGGGCUGGGCAAAGCCAUCGGCAUCCCGGAGCUGGGCGACUUCUUCGCGGGCCGCAAGAGCUUCCCGGACGCGGUCGACGAGAUCAAGGCCAACACCCGGCGCCUGGCCGCGGCGCAGGUGCGCAAGAUCCGGCGCAUGGCGGACGCCUGGGGUUGGCCCGUGCGCCGCCUCGACGCCUCGGGCGCCGUCCGCGCGCGCCUCGCCGGGGCCGGCCACGCCGCAGAGUCCGCCGCCUGGGAGCGCGACGUCUGCGGGCCAGGCCUCGCCGCCAUCCGCAGCUUCCUCGCCGCCGACCAGCCUUCUCGCGCCGCCAUCACCAACGGCGUGGAAGAUUCGCCGCCGCUGAUGCUGCGGAUGCCAAGGAUGCAAUGCUGCGAUCCCAUGGCCGUCUGAGAGCGAGACGAUCCACCAAGAGGUAGUUGUCGCCACCGCUGCUGCUUUUGAGAAGGGUUGCAGAGCGAGGGGAAGGGGCUUUUGGGGUGGAGGAGGGUUUAGGCGGCCGCCGAUUUUGGAGGGUCCCGGCGGCGCGCGGCCUGCCCGGUGGGGUCGGAGAAGAGAGAGAUAGCCCUAGUGUAGAAAAGAGAGAAAAGACAAGAGCCCAGCCAGCUGUGUGCUUGUCAAGUUAUUUAUUACUCCAACAGUCCUACUGGAGGCAGACUAACCAUGCUCUGUGUAUUCUUUCCUUGACUAACCAUGCUCUGUGAAUUCGUUUCUGCUACUUGCUUUCCUAACUGCACCACUGUAUCUGUAUGCAUUAGUAAGCACUAAUCUAUCCUAUCCA